UUACUGACGAAGUUUUCAUUCAACAAUUCUAUUCCCUUUCUGCUCUUCUCCUUCGCCUUCUCUACUCCCCACACCUAAUAGCUUUCUUAAUCCAAGAGUAGAGGCCUUGGCCUUACUGUCUGCGCAAGAAAGCUUAUUAGGUACUGCAAGAAAUCUAAUUAUGGCCAUAGAGAUUGGGCAACCCGCUGUUGGACUAUCAAAAGUCGCAGUUUCCGAGACUCACGGAGAAGACUCUCCGUAUUUCGCAGGCUGGAAGGCACACGAUGAAGAUCCUUACGAUGAAUCAUCUAACUCAUCAGGAGUUAUACAGAUGGGACUGGCAGAAAAUCAAGUUUCAUUUGAUUUGUUAGAAGAGUACUUGGAAAAGAAUUCAGAAGCAUCUAGCUGGGGAGAAGGAGCACGAGGCUUUAGAGAAAACGCCUUGUUUCAAGAUUACCAUGGACUCAAAUCUUUCCGACAGGCAAUGGCAAGUUUCAUGGAGAAAAUCAGAGGUGGCAGAGCAAAAUUUGAUCCUGAUAGGGUAGUCCUGACAGCCGGCGCUACUGCUGCUAACGAGUUGUUAACCUUCAUCCUAGCCGAUCCCGGUGAUGCUUUGCUAGUUCCCACUCCAUACUAUCCAGGAUUUGACAGAGAUUUAAGGUGGAGGACAGGUGUAAAAAUUGUACCAAUACAUUGUGAUAGUUCAAACAAUUUCCAGGUCACUCUUGAAGCCAUGGAAGCUGCAUAUCAGCACGCGGUAGCGAUGAACAUUAAAGUAAGAGGGGUACUUAUAACAAAUCCUUCAAAUCCACUUGGUGCCACAAUCCAGCGCUCUGUCCUAGAGGAAAUUCUUGAUUUUGCCAAGCGCAAGAACAUCCAUGUCGUGUCCGACGAAAUCUACUCAGGAUCCACCUUCUCUUCAUCCGAGUUCGUGAGCAUUGCUGAAAUUCUUGAAGCUCGUGGAUACAAAGAUUCAGAAAGAGUUCACAUUGUUUACAGUCUUUCUAAAGAUCUAGGUCUUCCAGGUUUUAGAGUUGGAACUAUUUACUCAUACAAUGACAAAGUUGUUACCACUGCAAGAAGGAUGUCCAGCUUCACCUUGAUUUCUUCACAAACACAACACAUGCUGGCUUUGAUGUUGUCUAACGAGAAAUUCACAGAGAACUACAUUAAGACAAACAGGGAGAGACUAAGGAAGAGAUAUGAAAUGAUAAUUCAAGGAUUGAAAGAUGCCGGGAUAGAGUGUUUGAAAGGUAAUGCUGGGUUGUUUUGCUGGAUGAAUUUAAGUCCAUUGCUGGAGGCCCCUACAAGAGAAGGUGAACUGGCUCUUUGGAAGUCUAUCCUCCAUGAAGUGAAGAUAAAUAUAUCUCCAGGCUCUUCUUGCCAUUGCUCUGAACCAGGAUGGUUUAGGGUAUGUUUCGCUAACAUGAGCGAGCCCACGCUAGCAGUUGCACUCAAGAGAAUACAUGAUUUCAUGGAUCAAAGGAAAACAGAAGCAAUUGCAUCUCCUCCACAGCAGUAGUCUCCGAAUUUUUUAAUGGCUCCGGUCAUUUUGAUUCUUUUAGAUGCCAAGACCUUUUUGCAGAAUUGGGUUUGUCUCAUUAUAGUGUAAAUCACAUAUAUAUUCUUGUUUUCUUGCUUCAGUAAGCAAGUUCCCUAUAAAUUCCAUUUGUAUAAUUGUGAUACCGCUGCAAGAAGUCUUCACCAAAGAGUUCCAUUCAUUA